GCAACCUGCAAUUGAACGAAUGAACUAACGAACGAGCGCGAGCCCCUACCGGAGCUACCGGGAGGCAGUAGAGUUACAGAGCGAGUCCCCGCCGCCCGCCUCGGAGGAGCCAAACGGAGGAAGGUCCACUGUGAGCCGCCGUGAGAACCAAACGAUGCGAGCGCUGCUCCCCGCCGCCAAGCAACACAUUGCCUAACGUUACUAUCGACGAGUGGACAAGUAUUGACCAGUUACCGUGAUUUACCGACAGAUACACAGAAGACAGAAGGAAGACGGACUGGCGGACGGACAGUAGGCUCACCACCGAGACCACGCUUGAGAAACACACAACCGCGGUGGCUACAUCUUGCUGCGUUUCCGUUGUGGAUUCAAGCCGAGCGGAGCCUUGAUUUUAAUGCGUUAGCGGUGUCGUAGCCCCGGCUUGAAUCGAGAGCGACAGAGAGGGAGCUGCCCAGAGAGCGAGAGAAAGAAGGGAGCAUAGAGGAGUCGAAGGCAUACCACAGAAAAAAGGAGGAAAUAACACCAAGACAGGAACAAGAAGGAUUUGCAACCAGCUUUGUUGCCACGCACAAGUUUCAUUAAAACCACAUUUAAUUGCCUGUAUCACCGUGGAUACCGGUAUCGGUAACGCUAUCAAGCUGUGCUCUCUAACCAUGGGAUGUACUCUGAGCGCGGAGGAGAGGGCGGCUCUGGAUCGGAGCAAAGCCAUCGAGAAAAACCUCAAGGAGGACGGUGUCACCGCGGCCAAAGAUGUCAAACUGCUGCUGCUCGGGGCUGGAGAAUCAGGGAAAAGCACCAUCGUCAAACAGAUGAAGAUCAUCCAUGAGGACGGUUUCUCUGGCGACGACGUAAAGCAGUACAAGCCUGUGGUAUACAGCAACACCAUCCAAUCUCUGGCGGCCAUCGUCCGUGCCAUGGAUACACUCGGCCUGGAGUACGGAGACAAAGAACGGAAGGCGGAUGCUAAGAUGGUGUGUGAUGUGGUCAGUCGCAUGGAGGACACAGAGCCUUACUCCGCCGAGCUGCUCUCCGCCAUGAUGCGUUUGUGGUCCGACUCAGGGAUCCAGGAGUGUUUCAGCCGCGCCCGCGAGUACCAGCUCAACGAUUCAGCGCAGUACUACCUAGACAGCCUAGAUCGGAUUGGUGCGGCCGACUACCAACCCACAGAGCAGGACAUCCUGAGGACUCGAGUGAAGACCACGGGCAUCGUCGAGACACACUUUACCUUCAAAAACCUCCACUUCAGGCUGUUUGAUGUAGGAGGUCAGAGGUCGGAGAGGAAGAAGUGGAUCCACUGUUUUGAGGAUGUCACAGCUAUCAUUUUCUGUGUGGCACUCAGCGGAUACGACCAGGUGCUGCACGAGGACGAAACCACGAACCGCAUGCACGAGUCUCUGAAGCUGUUUGAUUCCAUCUGUAACAACAAGUGGUUUAACGACACCUCCAUCAUCCUCUUCCUGAACAAGAAGGACCUCUUUGAAAGCAGGAUCAUCAAGUCACCACUGUCCGUCUGCUUCCCUGAGUACACUGGUCCAGACACUUACCUGGAGGGAAUAGACUACAUUAAGGGUCAGUACGAGAGCAAGAACAAGUCACCCAGCAAAGACGUCUACGCCCAUGUGACCUGCGCUACAGACACCAACAACAUCCAGUUUGUCUUUGAUGCUGUCACCGAUGUCAUCAUAGCAAAUAACCUGCGGGGGUGUGGCCUGUACUGAUGAUUCUCUUAAAUGUUAGCCAAUGUUUGACCCGUGUUUACCUAUAUGGUACCAGUUUGUACCACAUAGCAUAUGUGGCCCAUAUCAGUGAAGUCAUCAAAUGAUAGCCAGGCAAAUAUGGGGUAUGGGCUGUGUUUGUGAUGUCAUCAUUCUGCUUUACCGUUGUCUCUUGGUUCAACUUGACUCUCAACUAAUUCAUUGAUUGUUUGAAUGGCUGGUUGGUUGGUUUGUUGAAAGUUGUUUUAAUGUGUUUUCCUUUUUUACUUCCUCCUAAAGAACAACCAAUGGAAAAUUCCAGUGACUUUGUGCUAGGGCUGGGCGAAAUUCCCCCGCCCCCACUUAAAAUCAAUCUGCAGAUGACAAAGAAAUUGUUCAAAAUAAGUUUUAACUAACAACUAUUUAAGAAAAUAAUUAAUGUAAGACCUUGUUGCUGCCAUGUUGUUGUGUAUUUAAUGGCAAAUGAGCGGGAGGAGGGCUAAGCCCAUUCGGCGUAGUUCCGAGCCCAGAGGGGAGCAUCAACAGAGGAUGAGGAAAAAACGAUUUCCAUUUAAACAAGUCAACGUUAACUACACAUCUGAGUUAAUGGCUAAAAACGAUUUAUCAUCCAGCCUUACUUUGGCCAUUUAAUUGUACCAAAACUCAAAAUUUCUUUUGCUGGUGUGCUGCAGAAAUCAUAGCAGUAGUGCCUUAUUCAAAGAACUACACUUGACUAGAUUAGAAUUUAAAUUUGAAUUGUCACUCAUUUGCCUUAGACCUAUGCCUUAGUCACACAAAGGGCUAUUGUGAAACUGAUAAAUAAGGUGUUUAACUAGUCUUUAUCAGGGUCAAGUUCAGCUGACUCAGUUUACGUGGGAAAGAUGUUUUUCAGACUUUAUUAUGUGCAUGAGAUAUUAAACUGUUGACAAGUCCCACCUACUAAGAAGACAUUCAAAGUAAAUGCUAAGUCAUCAGCAAAAAAAACGCGUUUGUAUAUACUUUGUGCAAAAUAGCUUACGUGCGCACCUUCUUCAUUAUUUUGCUUGUGUUGUGUUAUUCGUUUUAUUUAGUUUUCCUGAUGACAGCCCUGCUCGGAUGUAUGCGCUGCGCUGCGUUGUGUCUGGCUGUUUUGCUGCGCUAAGCUGUUCUCUGUGGAGCUCCAAAAGAAUCCGUAUUUAAUCAGUAGGACAUUAUGAACUAAAUCAUCAUAUGCAUGAAUACUGAGAAAAAGAUGAAGCAAUUAUUGUGAAAUGAUUAGAUAAAGUCAGAUUUAACUCAUUAUUAUAUUCCUUUGACAAUAGCGUUUUUUUUUAUUUUUAUUUCAUAGCUACAGACAGGGGAAAAGAAACAGUGACACUAUCAUGAAAAACAUGUCAGUGAAAUAAUAGUAUACUUUAAAAAAAAAAGAGAAAUAAGAAUAAUGAAGUAACAUUUUAUGAUAAUUUAGGUUUCAAUUAUUUAUUAAAUCAUUUCAAGCGAUAGCAUUUUCUGUAUUUUAUCAUGGCCAUAUGUAUUUUGUUUACUCAUAAUAAUAUACCUAGUUAUGAAAUCGUCUUCAUUGGUUUGAUGUUGCCUUUUCUGUAGUUCUGUAUCAACAGCAUGAUGCCCUGCUUAACAUAAAUAUUGAACUAAUAGGGCCUAUUAAUAACACAGUGUUCGUUCAUCUGGUCUUGUCCUCCACUGGCCGAAGAGAAACAUACAGAGCCCAAACAGUCUCACGUCAGCGUCAAUACAGCAAAGCCUCGCUCUACAAAACCUGUGGACUGCUCCAAAUAUAAAAUACAAUGAGGCCAAAGUUAAUCCCAUUUCUUAAACAUGACCGCAUUUCUCUUAUUUUUUUACUGCGUUUUGAAUUGAUGGCACUUAAGUUCACUAGUUCAGAUUUCCUAAUUCAUCCAAUUUAAAGCUCUUAUGUGUAAAUGUGUUGCCGUUCUCAAAAGCCCUUCACUACGGGAAACAACAACAAACGUCAAGAUAGCAAUCUACACGUUGAAAAUGGCAAGUUUUGAAAAAACUGCUUGGUUCUUUUGGGGGAAUGAUGGAAAAGAUUUACAAAGAAUAUGUUUACUGGAUAUACUGUCUAACUGGGACGUUUUGGGACAGAUUGGGAAUUGCAGUGGACAAAGUGCACACGGCGAUACACUGGUAAGAGCAAAUUAGGUCUAACCAUGUAUCCAGCUGAUUUAAAUAGCUCACAUUACUGUUUUGCGUGAACAGUUCACUUAAUUUGGUGGAAUGCGGCUUUUUCUUUGCGGGGUGCAAACGUUCCACCAAAACGAGUUCCUUGCCGAGACUAUUUUGCAGAGCCACCGUCGCUGCGACCGAAGGCCAAGACGAUUGUGAUUGGUUUAAAGAAACGCAGACAACCCAGAUCUGUUUUUCUCCUAUUCCAGAAUGUGUGUGUAUCUGUAGCCAGACCUUACUCUGCAGCGCUGUGGAGAUAGCUCCAGCAAUGCGAGACUAUAGCCAUAAUGAUUGAUUGUGCCAAUUUUUACUAGAAUUAUCACAUUUUUUCAAAUAGUUGUAUCAUUAAAAUAAUUUUAAGAUGCUCCAAUCAAAAAACAUUUAGGCUUUAACAAGAAAAGAAAAAAAUAAUUUUGAAAACCUAAUUAACAAACCUUUUGACUUAAGCAUAGACAUGUUGGAGUUAUGACUUGUUAAAAACUAUGCAGCGUCAGUCAUGGCGCAAUGGUUGCUUAUCAUUUUUUGAAAUACUACUCAGCAAGAGUUCAUACAGCAGAACUGAAUGUGUGUUUCCAUGUUACAAAGGAAUAACGUUAAUAAUAGUAGUGUUUUGGCCUUGAAAAGUGAAGAAAUGUUUGUAAUUGAAUUUGUAUAUUUCUAACAUAUGUGUCUUUUGAUCAAAGUUAGAAGAGGUUAGCGGUAUAAUUUCUUGUUUUCCCUUUGCCUUAAAUGUAUAUUUGAAUUUAAAGCAAGGAAGUUGCCAUUUCUUCAGCAAUUCUUUUUCAUCCUUGUGGCUGUCACCUCCGGUUGUAUUUUUGGAUUGAUCAUUCAGGCUCUCGUGUUGCAGCAUUCAUAGAUCCAUUAUAAAAUCCCUUUAAAUGAAGAGCUAUAAGAGGUACAUGUAGUGCACUGACUCAGACAAUUUCCAGACUAUGCUUCCAAGGCAGCCUUGAUUUUAUAGGGCCCUGGAGCCGCAUUCAUUUUGUAAAUCUGCAUCGUGUAAUAUCCCUAUCGUCCACCUCUCUGCCUUAAUAAGCCAGAAGUGAGCUUUGAAAGAUUGUGUGCUGGUGGGUGCAUAUAGUCCUCUAAAACUAGGAUGUCAACCCUGUCACUAUUGUUUCAGCCCCGAUGUUUUGCUUUCUGCUGAGCAAGUUCCAUGUAGUUCAGCUGUAGGGUUGAGGUUUAAUGUAGUGCACAGCUUAGUUGAAAUGAGAAGUGAUGUGUGGGAACAGAAUUUAAGCUGUGACAUUAAAGAGAUGCAUAUAAUACCAGGACAAUAUCAUCAGGUUCUCCCUUUUCUCUUUAUAAGCAACAGUUUACAGCAGCAUAUGGAAUAUGAACUUUGUUUGUCGGUGGGACUUUGUUGAAUUGACCGAGCUGAGUGUGUUUACAGCUUUACCGGUGUGAGUGCUCCAAGGCAAACAGAGGUAGAGAACUUUCUUAUUUAUUCAUGAGCAGGGCAUUUGCUUCAUUCUAAUCUCUCCUCCACACUCAAACGUCUUCACCCCCUGCUUAAAGCUACAUGUUUGUUUGUUUUAAUGAGGGGAUGACAUCAUUGUCUCUCCCUACUACAUCUGUGCCAACUGUUUAGAACUGUCUAUGCUACCCCCCAAAAAAGCCCCCAUAACUUGUUUGUUCAAGCCGCAAUUAUUUUGCCAUGGUGGCGCCCUCAUAGUAAGACAGAACCAAAACAGGUAAUCGACAAAGUAUAAGAGCGCCAUAAUCUGCAAGGAGAUAGGUCAGGGUAAGGGGAUGGGUCAAACAAACACAGGACUUUCACCCAGGAAAACGUGUCUGCGUCACAUGGGUAACCAGAAGUAAAGUAAAGUUACAAGUUUUAACCUAAACUACAAUCUUUUUCUGAACUUAAAAGUAAUUUUGGACCUAAACCAACCAGAAAGUGCAACACAUUCAUAGAAAUUUUAACGUUUGAUGCUGUCAACCAUUGUGUUUAUAUAUGAGAACGCUGCUGUUGGCAGUAUUUUCUGCCACUGCUAGUAGCGCUAAUAUAUGAAACACUCCUAUUGGAUCGGCCUAAGGCUGUUGAUGCUGUGUGUGUGUGUGUGUGUUAGAAAACCCCAAUUCACUUUCAGCUGGACAUGCCUACAUUUGAACUUGCCCUGAGGAGGGCAGUGGCAGCAUACUGUUCGAGCCUUGUCUUCUUUCAUUACUGUGUUAAUCCCAGGCAGUGCACAAACCAGGAUGUAUCUACUGAAUGUUGCUGCUGUACAGAUUCUUCAGUGGAAUAUUAGAUGUAACUGUGACUGUAACUGUGUUUUUGCAUAUUUAAAUCACACACAGUGUUCUUUGAUAAAUACUGUAGUAUUGUGUGGUGAACCUUAAUUUUAUACAAUAUUAAAAUAACCUUGCAGACACCUGAAACAUGAUGUUUGUGUCAAAGACAAAAUAUUUGCAUGUUUUUACUCCGCCCCAGUGGACUCGCUCACAGUGAGUUUACAUUGGAGCAAAUAGUUUUUUUCUGUAAAAUGUAUCCCUUUUAAAUGCGUCCAUAGCAUACCAGUGUACAGGAUAUUUAGGAAAUUGAAAAAAAAGUACCCACUGUGCAAUUUAAAGUAACCACAAUAUAAAAGUGUGAAAGCAGAUUGGAGGGGAAUAUAGGAGAGAUGUUUGAUCAAGGACUGCACUUCAUCCUUGUUAAACUGAACUCUAAUUUCAUUGAUGAUUACGGUGGCCCUGAGAGGCCAUAACACGUAUCAAUAAGAAAACACAUGCAAAUAAACCACAGCAUGCACCAAUAAGAAAACACAAGCAAAAAACCCACAGUGGAAGUGUUUCCAGGGGACACUUUUAACUGAUGCACAAGUGCCUCUACCAUUGGCGUUUCAAUCUGUGUUAUUUUUCAAUUUUAACAGUUGGAUUGUUUGUUUGAAUAUCACAUAUUGUUGCGUGCUGUGGUUUAUUUGCUUGUGUUUUUGUAUUGCUGCGUGUUGUGGUCAAUUUGUGUGUGUUUUCUUAAUGUUGCGUCAAAAACUUCCCCUUGGGGGUUAUUUUUUCAUUGUACUUGGUCGGGACUCUUGGCGUCACUGUAGACACUCUGGGUCCACGUGCAUGGUAAAACCACGUAGGGUCAGGCAAAGAUCGUGUGGGGGGUGUUAAUAAACGUUUUAGUGACACGCAGAACAAGAACAGUUGCUCUCUCCAGGGUGAAAGUUCAACCCAUCCUCCACCCUAAACCUACUUCCACAGAUUUAAGGUCUUUCAUACUACUCGCUACCAAUGUCCCUCUUAAUCCAGCGCCGCGGCUGAUCUCCCGCUACGCCCUGUGCGUCCCAUACAGACGCUAAAGGGUGAUGUUUGCGUCAGUAUCUGACACCCGGAGCCACUGACCAAGCAUCAGUAUUUGAUGAGUUGGUACGGACAAGCUAAAUAACUCUGCUCUCUCUUUAGACUGCAGCUUGUUGUUUCCUCUUCGGCACUUUCCCACUACGUCAUAUGCUGCAUUCCAGGCUGAGCGCUGCCCAAGACGGUUGUGUCUGUGUCUCUGGCGCUGUGGCCAGAACACCAGCGCUGACACAGCACUGUGGAGAUAGGCCUGGCUGUUGGAGACUAACGCGUGAUAGAUGGUGAUAGACAGAUGUUGAAAAGUGCCUAGCUUCUUUUCAAACAGUUUCCCUCUCUCUCUCUCUCUUCUCUUCUCUCUCUCUCUCUCUCUCUCUCUCUCUCUCUCUCUCUCUCUCUCUCUCUCUCUCUCUCUCGCUCUCUCUCUCUAUUAGCUCUAAAGCUAUUAACGGUUUAUAAGGUGAAGACAGGAUUGACACUUCCCUCAGAGAGGAACUAUUAGCGGAUCACUCUGUGUGUGUGUGUGUGUGUGUGUGUGUGUGGUGUGUGUGUGUGUGUGUGUGCGGGCAUGUACAUGUGUGGGUUGUGCUAUGUUUUUUUUGGUUGUGCUAUCUGUCCGUACUACAAUCAGUAAGAAAUAACGUCAGCGGCCGAUGCCGAGGGGAUAGUGGCUAAUGUAGUUUAUGUCCUGCUUCAGUCCCAGAGAAAAAAUAAUUGGCUCCCAUAGGCUGCAGUGAAGAAGGUAUUUGUCGGUAAUUGUGGGUAAUUGUGGAGUGGUCUGAGGUGAAUAAUACAAUCAGUGGUUCAUUCAGGUAAUAAAGGUCCUGAUGCAUCUGGGCAGCAGGUGGUGGCACAAAAGAAAUCUUAGCGCCAUUCAACGCUUUGGAAACAUAAACAAUUUCUGAAAUCCCACAAUGGCAGCCAAUCAUUUUAACCGAAUUUAGAUCCCAUGUGAGAUGUAAAUGAGCUCCUUUGGUGUCUACUUGCUUUAUUUAUCCUUCUAAUUUAAAAGUAGAGACGUCUGUAUGUGCUUUGGGUCAUCUUAAAAUAUGUUCAGUUCCCACUCAAUAAAAUGAGCACUUAAGCCUCUUCAGAGCCAGGACUUAGAGAGGAUUCAGACAGCCGCAGGGCAUAUGACUGUAAUGAACUUGUGUAGAAUUAAGAAGUCAGUGUAUGAGCUGGUAAAAGUCCUUGUGCUCAUUAUGCGCUCAAACACCUGUUGUUGUUGUGUGUGUGCAUGCGUGCGUGCGUGCGUGCUUGCUUGCAUGUGGUUUUUUACUGAGCACUGUAAAAUAUAUCUGCUGUAUCUCCCCUACUGCUGUGAUAAUUUAUUAAAGGUUGUAUUUAUACAUUAAAGAAAUGACAAUAAAGCACCACAUGAGUACCUU